CCAUGAAUUUCCAAAAAUAAAAUUACUUUUUAUUUUUCUUUUAAUAAUACUUCAUCUACCAUGAGAUUUAAUUCUAUAAGAAAUUUAAUCAUUAUUGGGUACGUAGUGGUCAAGAAGUUAUGUUUGCAUUGCCUAUGUUUAGGUAGAAGGUAGCGUCCUAUUCUUUUUCCUCUUUAGGAGCCUUUUUUUGGGCUUCCUGUAUUUUCAUGUGCAUAUCAAAGGAAACGGAUGAAGAUGAUCUGAUUUUCCUCUUUCUGAAAGACGGAAAUUGUAAUGUUCAAGAAAAUUUCCGCAAUGUUAUAAGCUCUAGCAUUUUCAGAUUUUCCUAUAUGAUUACAUAAUGCAUUCUUGAAUGGUCAAACUAUUGCUUCCUUCUUUCUCUCCCUGUCUUCAAUCUUAAACAAUUAAUUGCGAUUCAAUGAUCCGGUUGGAGCAUGUUGAAUCGGCCAACUAAUGUUGUAUAUAUGCAGAAAUGAAUUAUUCCGGAAGCGACGAUGAUUAUCUCCAUCUUGGAAAUUUGUUAAAGUUGUUGUGAAACAAGAAUUUGUACAAGAAAAAGAGAGAGAGCUCAUUCAUGGGAGAAAUUAAAGAAGUACAACCCCAAACCAGAUGUGAUCAAGAAUCAAAAGAAGUAUCAAAAAACACGACGAAACUUGGUUUUGCUUCCAAAAAUGAAGCACCGCCGAAUAACGACUAAAACUGGUGGUUCAGAGUGUCAAUGUACGCGUUUUUUGAUGUAGCUGGUCAGACAGUGGCUACUAUUUUGGGAAGGUUAUACUAUCAAAAGGGAGGGAAUAGUAAAUGGAUGGGUUCCUUUGUACAAUCUGCUGGAUAUCCAGUUCUCUUUAUCCCCCUAAUUGUCCUCAAGCUAUACUCGCCGAAGCCAACCAGUUUCACCACUGCAACCAACAAAAAUUCCCCAUCCGUAUUUACACUUGGACUAAUUUACCUCUCACUUGGGCUACUCAUGGCAGGAAUCCAAAUUUUGUACUCCUACGGAAUGGUAUCUCUCCCGGUGUCUACGUACGCGUUAGUAUGUGGAACUCAACUAGUUUUCACAGCUGUUUUCUCCUUCUUUAUCAAUUCACAAAAACUAACUCCUUUCGUAAUCAAUACCGUGGUUCUUCUCACCAAGGCCGUGGCACUUCUAGCCAUCAAUACCGACGCUCCAGUCUCAGCAACAAUCUCUAAAGAUGUUUAUAUUAUCGGAUUCUUUUGCACACUUGCUGCCUCAGCUGGAACCGCUUUGUUUCUCUCACUAACACAACUCUCCUUCCAGAAAGUGAUAAAAAGAGAAACCCUUGAUGCCGUACUGGAAAUGACAAUAUAUGCUUCACUCUUUGCUACUUUUGCUUGUUUAGUCGGAAUUUUCCCCAGUGGAGAAUGGAAGGGACUGAAGAAAGAGAUGAGCGAAUAUGGAGAUGGUCCGGUUUCUUACGUGAUGACUUUGGUGGGGGUUGCAGUGUUUUGGCAGGUAUUUUCUGUUGGUGUAUUUGGGUUGAUAUUUGAAGCAUCUCCACUCUUUUGCAAUGUCAUCAAUACAGUAGGUUUACCUGUUGUUCCAAUUAUUGGCGUUAUAUUUUUUCAUGACAAAUUCAACGGGGUAAAGCUUGUGUCGUUGUUGUUAUCCUGUUGGGGUUUCGUUUGGUAUAUCUAUCAACAUUAUAUUGAUCACCAACGAAACAAAAACAGGUGAUGAUUAAAAUGAAGAGAAAGUUCCUAAGAGUUGUUUAAUGACAACUGCAAGAUGAAACUUAGCUUAUAUAAAGACAAUUCUCUUUAUUGAUGUUUAGAAAAUCUCUCAAAACUAAACACAAGUUCUAAUCUUGCUCAUA